AUGCAAAGUCGGACUACUUUGCUCUCUUCUGUUGCUUCGCUCAAGCAAGCGACGACAACCGUCGACGCCAUGUCGUCUAUCGCUGCUGACACCGCCCCCGAUUCUUCGGCACAAUCCGAUACCGCCACCCUUGCCGCCCUGGCAUCGUCUACCAAGGCGAUCCCGGUGCUCGACGAUCUUUCGGAUGCGCGCAAGUAUUUUACGAGGUCCAAGGUGAUGGAUACCACUUCGUUGGCCCGCACCAGGUUUAGUGAUUCGCCGCAACCCGUGGGCUCGGUUGCGUAUGAAGAUUGGGAAGACCUCAAGGAAGUUUGGGCACGCUGUCUCGAGGUUGUCGAUGUCGAAGAUCCUUCGGAAACGCUUCCCCUGCUUCGUGGGAUAAUUCAUGAAUGCAGUCGGUUCCUGCAGGUGUACGACGACCCUUCGGUGUUGUUCCUGGCUCCUCACGCUGUCGCACAGAAUGGGACACCCGACAAAAGCACGGACCCGCUGUUUGGCACGACCAAGGUGGACGCUGGUGUUGGCCCGUCUGAGCCAUCUCCGAAUGCAGCCCCGACAAUCCGCGCUUCAACGUCAUCGACGUCGGCGACGCAUCAUCACUCGAAAGACCUCCCAACUGCAUUCCACUCACUCCUUGGCACCGCGCUUUUCUUCUUUGGCAAUAUCAUCGAUGCCAACCCGCAUUUGGCCCUCGAAGGAGAACCCCGCACGCAAGCCUUUUAUCACCUUUAUGCCCUCGAUGUCUUUGAAAUGGCGGAGCGUUUACCAGCCCGCACUGGGUCUGGUGGUAUCUAUACCGGCUAUCAGGAGGAUAACGACUUUACCGGCACCUACUCGUUUACCUCGGAUAUCAUCGCCCAAGCGCAAGCUGCCGCUGCUGCUCACAAUGACUGCUGUGGGCUUGGAGCCAAGGAGGAUUGGAGGAUGGCGAUCACUUGGGGCCGGACGUUGGUCAGUUUGGCGGAAGAGUUGUUGGAGCGGGAGAAAUUGGUUGAGGAGCUGUUUAAGCCGGAGGAAGUCAAGAUGGCGCAACGACCACCAGAAGAUCAGGAGAGUUACUUUGCGUAUGCCAGUUAUGGACGACCGCCACCGCCGCCGCCUAAAGCACCCAACCCUGCUUCGUUCCUUGCUGAAGAUUUUAUCAUGAACAGCGGUAUGCUUGGGGAUGGAUAUUUCGGAGGUACGGGUGGUAGAGCGAUGGGAUUCAAUGUGGAUGGCAUGGGAGGUCUGCGGGUGAAUGGAAGUAGCUUCAUGCGGGGUGUCAACCAGCCAGUCAGCUUGCCCAGCGCCAUCUUCCCACUUGACGAAGCUAUUCCUCGAAUGAACUGUUCGAGCAUGCCAUCGGCGACACCAGGUGUUUCUUCACCUUUUGCGUCCCGUUCGUUAGGUGGUGUUAACUCCUCGAUGUCUCCAGGUACGAGCUCCAGUAGUCCUGGCUCAUCUACACUUUCUACCGUGUCCGGCCGCCGAUCGCGCCAGUCGCCCUACCUGCCACAGACUCCUCUCGACGAUCCGAGGAAGCACUGGAAGAAGGACAGUCCGUUCAUGGUUAUUAGGAGUCGGAUGGCGCCUGUGACGAGGAGGAUGACUCUUGGUGGUGGUGAUGUCAACGGCAUGCCUGCCACACCCGAGCUCGCCAAGUACGGCAUCGACGCAUACGACCAUUCCUCGGCGGCUUCUGGUUUUACGCUUUCGUGGUGGAACGACGAUGAAGACGAGGGUAAUGGGCGGUAUCCUGUCGACAGCAAGAAGCGCCGCGAUGAUGCAAAGAAGAAGGAGAGGAAGAGGCAGGGUGCGACUGUGGAUGAGAUUAUGACGAUGGCUGUUGAUCAGUUCUCGAGGGGUGUUUUGCAUAUGCCUCGGACUGGCAGUUCGGGUCUUACGGGGCAGCACUCGAAUGGUGCGGAGGGUGGAAGCAGGCGACAUCGACAUAAACACCAUGGCCAUAAGCACCGUCAUCAUCAUGGACACCACCACCGACAUCAUCGACAUGGCAAGCACGCUGAACCGUUGCCGCAUCCUUUGGACGGUGGUGAUCAGCUCCCGCAGGGCUUUUCGAGGGCGUCGCAUCUCCUGACGAUUGCGAUCGAGGUUUUGAUGUUGGCUGAGAAGCUUCCGUGUGCCGAGUCGAGGUACCGCUGGGCGUCCUAUGCCGAUAAUGUCUUUGCGCAGAUGAGGUUGGAGGAGAGCCCCGGUACGAAUAUCGUCAUGCUCAACGGGGAGAGGAUGGAUGUGGAUGGGGAGCCUCGAUCCCAUCCGGGUUCGAGGAGUGGUAGUCGGACUCGGCGGGCGCAUAAGAGCAAGUCGAGGGCGAGGAAAGACCAUGGCGAUGGUCCGUCGUCGCUUUCGUUCCCUCUUCAUCCUUUGGCGGUGCACGAUGUCAGCACGAACCCUGGGUUGUUCCUGGAUAGCAACAAUAACGAUGUGAUACUGAAGGCCAGGGGGAGGUGUGCGUUGAUUAUUGGGAGUGCGGUUGCGGAGGAGAGGAUUGAGACGUUUUUGGAGGAGUUUGAUGAGCAGGAGGAUGGGGAUGAGGACGGGGAUGGGACGCCGACGAAUUCUGAUGAACGCCAGCAUCGAGAGUCGAAGGAGGAGAGGCUUCAAAAGUUGUUGAAGAGUGAGGAUGCGGAGGAGGCGAGGGGGCGGUUGAGGGAGGCUGUUGAGCUUUUGGAGAAGGCGAGGGGGAUUUGGAGGGAGGGUGUGGAAGUGCGGCGGAGGGAGAGGGAGAGGGUUAAGAGUGAUGUGGAGAGGGAGAGGAGGGCGAGGGAGGUGCGGAAUGUUAAUGGGAAGGUUCCUAAUGCCGAUACGACUACUGUCACCACGAGCCCGAAGCUUGGUGAAGAGGAGAGGAAGAAGGUGGUGGUGAAGGGGAAGGGGAGGGCGAAUGGUGUUUCGAGUCCUGACCGUGCUCCGCCGAAGAGGAGGGGUAUUGCUGCGCUUGCUGCUGAGAAUAAGAAGAAGCGGAAGGAGAAGGAGCGGGAGCGGGAUGCGAUGAUGGUUGUUGUUGACGAGUCGCAUGAUCAGAUGGAUGUGGACGUUGAGAUGGGGGAUGUUUCGUUCGAGUCUCAGUCUCAACCCCAACCACACCAAUCGACGCCUUCCCUGAGUCCACCUGUUACGUCUAUCAACUCCAACUCGACCACCUCGUCGCAGGACGUGGAGGUUCUUUCGAAAGAGGAAGAGUCGGCUCUGAAGGCGUGCGAGAUGAGUAUGGAAGAGGAGGAUCAGAGGCUUUUGGCGUCGUUUGCUGCUGAGGAGGAGGAGGAAGAGGAGGAGGAGAGGGAGUAUGCCAAGUUGAUUGCGGAGGCGCUUGUUACGCUUGCUAAUAUUUUGGUUGUGGAGGAUGGUGUGGGGGUGGGUGGGGAUGCGGGUGAUGCACAUGCACGUGGUCAUGGGAUGAGUGAAGCGGAGAUGGAGAGGGAAGAGUUGUAUAGGAAGGCGAAGGAAGAGAUGAGGAGGGGUGGGGUUGUGGAGGUUGAGGGUAUGAUUUAG